UGUGUGGAAGAGAGUGAGAGAGAGGGCAGAAGGAGACUUAGUAGAGGGCUGGAUGGUAGUGUAGAGGGGAUUUCACCAAAAAAAAAAAACAACUAACUGCUUAUUUAUGAGAAGAUUCAGGUGUGAAAAGUUAUUUCUAACAUACAUUUGUUUUAGUGCGCAGUCCUGUGUUUCUGUACCUGCAGUGCAUUAAGGAGUAACUUUUAGUUAGUGAACCAGGUUCUCUUGUGUUAAUUUUUUUCAGCAGGAGUUCACAUACUCACUGUAUUUAAGACUGGAGUUGCUCUGACAUUUCACCAUGAGGAGCCUGUGUGUAUCUCUAUUCCUGCUGCAGCUCGUUGGGACUUCUUUUUGUCAAUUCCCCCGUCCGUGUGCAAACUCAGAGGGACUCCGGACUAAAGAGUGCUGCCCUGUGUGGGAUGGUGACGGCUCGGCCUGUGGUGCCUUGUCAGGCCGUGGUUUCUGCACUGAGGUGUUGGUCUCCGAUGAGCCCGAUGGGCCCCAGUAUCCACACAGAGGGAUCGAUGACAGAGAACGUUGGCCUUUAGCUUUCUUUAACCGCACAUGUCGUUGUGCUGGAAACUACGGAGGUUUUAACUGUGGAGAAUGCAGAUUUGGUUACUGGGGCUCAAACUGUGCAGAGUACAGGGAAUCAGUGCGCAGGAACAUCAUGACCAUGUCGACCGCUGAACAACAGAAGGUUAUCUCUUUUCUGAACCUGGCUAAAAACACCAUUAGUCGUGACUAUGUCAUCAGCACAGCAACAAGAGCGGAGAUGGGUGAAAAUGGUGAGAACCCCAUGUUCUCUGAUAUCAACACCUAUGACCUGUUCGUCUGGAUGCACUACUAUGUGUCCCGUGAUACCUUCUUGGGAGGUCCAGGCAACGUAUGGAGAGAAAUUGACUUUGCCCAUGAGUCUUCAGCUUUUCUACCAUGGCACAGAGUCUUCCUGCUUCACUGGGAAAAUGAGAUAAGGAAGCUGACGGGAGAUUUUAACUUCACCAUUCCAUACUGGGACUGGAGAGAUGCCCAGUCCUGUCAGGUGUGCACCGAUGCUCUCAUGGGGGGACGCAGCUCCUUUAAUCCCAACCUCAUCAGCCCUGGUUCUGUAUUUUCCUCAUGGAAGGUAAUCUGCACUCAGCCAGAGGAGUACAACAAUCGAGAAGCAUUGUGUAAUGCUACUGGGGAGGGUCCACUGUUGCGUAACCCUGGCAACCACGAUCAAAACCGCAUCCCCAGACUCCCCACAACAGCUGAUGUGGAAUUCACAGUGGGCCUCCCUGAGUACGAGACUGAGCCCAUGGACCGAUUCACCAACAUGAGCUUCAGAAACGUCCUAGAAGGUUUUGCCAGUCCAGAGACAGGUAUGGCAAUGUCAGGCCAGAGCACCAUGCACAACGCCUUGCACGUCUUCAUGAACGGCUCCAUGUCCUCAGUGCAGGGUUCAGCCAACGACCCCAUCUUUCUGCUGCACCACGCUUUCAUCGAUAGUAUCUUUGAGCGAUGGCUCAGGACCCACCAGCCUGUCAGGACCAGCUACCCACGUGCAAAUGCCCCCAUUGGCCACAAUGAUGGCUACUACAUGGUGCCCUUUAUGCCCCUCUAUAGAAACGGGGACUAUUUCCUGUCCAACAAGGCUCUAGGAUAUGAGUAUGCCUACCUGCUAGACCCUGGCCAGAGGUUCAUGCAGGAGGUUCUGACGCCUUACCUUGAGCAAGCGCAGCAGAUCUGGCAGUGGCUGCUGGGAGCUGGGAUCCUUGGGGCUCUGGUCGCUUCAGUCAUCGCUGCGUUAAUUGUCGCCAUGAGGAGGAAGUGGAAGCGGAACCAGAGGAGGAAGAGGACAUCGAGCUAUGGAGAGAGACAGCCACUGCUGCAGAGUAGCUCAGAGGAAGGCUCGGCCUCGUACCAGACUACACUGUAACACACACUCAAAAUGGAACACAUAUCGUGGGGGUGAAGUGGAUUUAAUUUGUGGUGCAAGAAGCAGGAAGUUAAAAAAAAAUCAGAUGUCCCUGAUAUUUUACACAUUCACAUUCAAGAAAUGUCUUCCAGAGCUUUUAUGUCCUUAUUUCAGUGUUAAGCAGCUCUAUAUGGAUAAUAAUUAAGAGAGAAAUGUGUUCUCCUGUCCAUGGCCACUUUUUCUUGACAUUCUUCUUUAAUUUAUUGCUCAUUUUUAACACAUUAUUCUAUUUACAGGGCAUAUAUGAACAUGUGUACGAAAUAAGAAAGAAGAUAUAUAAGAAUAUAGUUAGAUUCAAGAGAACUGAAUACCCCUCAAAGAAAAGGCUACAUCUUUCAAACUGUGGCAGAAAAAAAGCAUUAUGAAAUAUUUGAUAAAGCAACUACUGAUCAAAAGUGUGAAUUAAUAUACACACCUCUCUGUCUUCCACCCAUCCAUCUUCUACUGCUUUAUCCUCCACAUGAGGGUUGCUGGUGCCA